UACACUUGUCGAGAAUACGGCUGACUCUGUUGAAGCUCAAAUUUUGUUUAUUCCAAUUUAAGUAAAAGCGGUUUUGUAUUUCAAAAAUAAUUGGCUAAAUAUGAGUUUCAAAAAAUUGGAUUUUUUCUAUACACUUGACUCGUAAAACGAUCGUUAGUUCUCAAACAUCAGAAGGAAAGUCGCAACUUAAAUGAAUUGCGAAUGCGAAUUUCUCGACCCGCGGCUACAGACUGUUUUAUCAUGAACUUUUUACGCGCGUUUACCAAUAGAUUCGUUUCUAUAAUCGAAAUCGAGGGCAAGAAAUCAAAUGGAGCGAAAUCUUAUAGGCAAGGAAAAAGGAAUAAAAACGGAAAGACGGAGUACGAUCGAUCGAUCGAACAAAGUUCCAAUCGCGAUUGCUUUCGAGCCCAUCUGUCUCACCGAACAAUCGAUAGAUCAGAUCGGUGAAUGAUAGAAAUUUCGGAGAACCAUGACAGUUUGUUACAAUGUUGAUUGUAACAAACGCUACGUCAGGAAAUAACAGAAACAGGAAAGCGCGAUACAUCGAGGCACGAGGCUAUCGUACGCAAAGCGCGACAAAGAUAGAAUGAACGGCAAAUAGAUAGGAAGUUUGAAAGGCAGAAACAGAUAGAGGAAGCGAGAAGUGGGGGAACCGAUGAGCCAAGAAGGGGUGAAAGAGGAGGAAGGAAAUCGGUAGAGAGCGAUCUUGAAGCAGAAAGUGGGGGAGGGAAUGGAGAAGGAUAGCGUGGAAAAGAGCAAGAGGAAAAGAGAGGAAGAGCCGAGGAGAAACUGAUCGAGAGUUAAGCUAUCUGGUAAAACAAACGGACGAGGCUGGACAGUGGGUUUUCUACUAAAAGACGGGAUGAAGUGGCAAACGGUUUGCGUUGUUCGUACAACUAGUGACGCGCGCACGGACUAUUCACGUAUCUCUGAUCGGCCGAGGACUUAAUACACUUGGCCACUUUCGGUUGUAUGUUCGCGUCGCGUCCGUUUUUUGUUGCCCCGGGUCGGCUCACCUGGCCUCGCUACGCCACGAGUUGCAUCGCUUCGUAUAGCACCUAUCGGUUCGGUUUGACCAUCGCGCCGCGCCGCGCCGCGUCGCGACGUCGCGUCUUCGUUUUCUCUCCCUUUUGCUUUUCUUUAACAUAUUUUUGAUCGAUCUACCGAACGGUGAAUUGAUUUGGUUGUUCAUUGCACUCACGAUCAGCGCUGCUGUCUACCGCACGCUCGCACGCACACGCACACACACACAUACACGCAGUCCUCCGCAGCACGAGGAUCAUGGACGAGGAAAGGAUCAAGCUUUAUCUUCCGCGUGAACGAAAACAAGGAGAGAGGAAAACUUUACGGGCCAGAAGAUCAUUCGAAGACAAGGCUGUAUACGGAUAUGGGACGAGCAUUCCACCGAAUAACAAUGAGAUGGAUGAGAACGAGGAGACCUCGUCGAGGAAGGUGAUCUUUUGCGUGCACGGCAAGCUUUCUGGUUGUUGUACGGUUGUGAAGGGCGGUGCUACAUCGGUCGAUGAAACUACCGAAACAGCCGCAACUGCAAUUACUGCCACCGCUACCGGCAUCAGCGGAGCCGAUUUCCAACAAACUCCUUCCACUGUGCCGGGAGACCAUUGUCACAGGGAAAGAGACGAAGAGAUCGAUAAAAAGGCAAGAAAGAAAUUACUGCUUGCUAGUACGCUAUGCGUAAUUUUUAUGAUAGCAGAAAUCGUAGGUGGAGUACUAUCAAAUAGUUUGGCGAUCGCAACAGAUGCUGCGCAUCUAUUAACCGAUUUUGCAUCGUUUAUGAUCUCUUUAUUCUCGAUAUGGGUAGCUAGUAGACCGGCGACGAAAAAAAUGCCUUUUGGAUGGUAUCGAGCGGAAGUGAUAGGAGCCUUGACGUCGGUUUUACUAAUAUGGGUAGUUACUGGAAUUCUUUUUUAUCUGGCAGUCGAGAGAAUAAUUCACAAAAGUUUCCAACUAGAUACCACCGUCAUGUUGAUUACCUCUGGCGUUGGCGUUGCGGUAAAUCUAGUAAUGGGUUUAUCGCUGCAUGAGCAUGGUCAUAGUCACGGACACGGUUCAGACAAGCCAAAUCGACAUAUAGACAGCGAGAGACUCGAUGAGGAAAAUCUGUCCCACAAGAGGAAAAAUAUCAACGUUCGAGCUGCUUUUAUUCACGUUUUAGGAGACUUCAUACAAAGCAUAGGGGUUUUCGUUGCAGCAUUGGUUAUUUAUUUCAAGCCAAGCUGGAGCAUAGUCGAUCCAAUUUGCACUUUCCUCUUUUCACUGUUGGUGAUAUUAACCACGGUUGCAAUAAUCAAAGACGUGAUGAACGUUUUAAUGGAAGGAAUUCCAAAAGGAUUUGAAUAUUCCCAAGUGGAGAGUACAUUUAUGCAAAUCGAAGGUGUGAUGAAGGUGCACAAUCUUCGUAUCUGGGCGCUUUCGCUGGAUAAAACCGCAUUAUCCGCGCAUCUUGCAAUAAAACCAGGUGCGAGUCCUCACAAUAUACUGCGUACUGCUACUAGAAAUAUUCACGAUAAGUACAAAUUUUUCGAAAUGACGCUUCAAAUAGAAGAAUUUGAUGAACGAAUGGAAAAUUGUAAACAAUGCAAGGCAUUAUCGCAAUAGUUGUAAAUUUUUUGAGUUACGCAUACUUUUGAGCUACCCUUCAGUCUUUAUACACAUGAAGUUGGAUCAUAAGAGAUUCGUACCAUUUGUAAAUAGCUCAAUUUAUGAAAAACGGAAGCAACCUGUUGUUUCAAGUAUACAUUCUACUGCGAUUAAAAAAUCUAUAGGGAAGAUAUUUCAACCUCGCAAAGGAUGUCAAUUACUUAUAAAUAUUGUAAUCGAUACAACUAUUUUUUCACCUAUUAGUGGAACAAUUAUUUACUGUCUCUCUCUCCCCCCUUCUCUCUCUCUCUCUAUUUUCUUAAUAUAGAAAUUAUGUUUAUUUAUUUUAAAUAUGACUUUUAACGACGUACUCAACUUAUGUAAUCAUAUAAUCAUGAAAGAGAAUGUAUUUACAUUUAAACUCGCUUCGAAACUGGUAAACAAAGAAUAAUCGUAUAAACAUAUGUUAAUAAAACUAAAAUGAGAGAGAAAAAAGAAUAGAUUAAAAGAAGA